CUGAAACAGCGUUGUAUAGAGCCACGCGAAGUGAAUACAACGGAAGUGAAGCGCCUCCGCAACGGAACACGAACAGCGCUAUGUGGACUGCACUCUUUGUCCUUGCCUUGAAUGCUGCCGUGCACGGAUUUCCCACCGGUGCCCCGGAGUCCAGAUGCUUCGACCCUAGGCCCAAACAUCCCGGUGCUGUUCAGUUCAAUGCUGACGAUGCUGGACACCUGCAUUUGAAUCAGACUCGGGUCGACUUCAUAAAAGGCGACGAUAUCCUAGUGGUCCUGUCAUCGAGUGAAUUGCCAUUCAAAGGAUUCCUGAUUAAGUCUUUCCUCGAGAACGGAACGGAAUACGGAGGAUACUUCAUGCCAGGAGCGAAAGGCGUGAAGCUCCUGCAGGACUGCUCCGCCGCCACGCACGACAACAACGACCCGAAACAAGAGAUCUCUGUUGUUUGGAGAGCGGACAUUGACGAAGGAAGUGUUUUCUUCAUAGCGACGGUCGUCGAAAGUUUCAAGAAGUAUUUCGUCGGUAUUGGAUCAUGGGAGACCUAGCUUUUGAGUCCCAAGAUAUUGUGUCAUGUACAUCGAGCGAAUAAACGAGCGUUUCGUC